AGAGCGGCACGGCGCUAGGACUGAAUGAGAGCGCCGUCGUUGCUAAGGGAAGCAUCUGCUCCGGAAACCCGGAAGUGCUUUGCCUGGUGAUGUUCUGAUGCUUUCUUCGGGCUAAGCGAAGAGUUAAAGGAGCAUGAUGGCGGCGUCAAGGCCCCCCGCGGGUGCAAAAACGAAGGCUUCAGAUGAGAGUGAUGCACCUCCUGCCAAGAAGGCCCCUAUUUUUUAUGGAAGCCUGGAAGAGAAGGAACGAGAACGACUCUCUAAGGGGGAGUCAGGGAUGCUGGGCAAGGAUGGGGUUAAAGCUGCAAUUGAGGCUGGCAAUAUCAACAUCACCACUGGUGAAGUCUUUGACCUGGAAGAUCAUAUCAGUGAGCGCCAGGCAGAAGUGCUGGCUGAGUUUGAACGCAGAAAACGAGCCAGACAAAUCAACGUUUCCACGGAUGACUCUGAAGUCAAGGCAUGCCUACGAGCUCUGGGGGAGCCCAUCACACUUUUUGGUGAAGGACCUGCAGAGAGGAGGGAAAGGUUACGUAAUAUUCUCUCAGUGGUUGGCACAGAUGCCUUGAAGAAGACCAAGAAAGAUGAUGAAAAAUCUAAGAAAUCAAAAGAAGAGUAUCAACAAACCUGGUACCAUGAAGGACCAAACACCUUGAAAACUGCCAGACUGUGGAUUGCCAACUACUCCCUGCCUCGGGCCAUGAAGCGGUUGGAAGAGGCUCGGUUGCUGAAAGACAUCCCUGAAGCCACAAGGACAUCUCAGAAGCAGGAGCUGCACAAAUCUUUGAGGUCAUUGAAUAAUUUUUGCAGUCAAAUUGGGGAUGACCGUCCAAUCUCAUAUUGUCACUUCAGCCCUAACUCUAAACUCCUGGCUACAGCCUGCUGGAGUGGACUUUGCAAGCUGUGGUCUGUGCCUGACUGCAGUCUCGUCCAUACGUUGCGAGGGCAUAACACCAAUGUUGGGGCAAUUGUCUUCCACCCCAAGGCGACCAUCUCCCUGGACAAGAAGGACGUGAACCUGGCCUCAUGUGCAGCUGAUGGCUCUGUCAAGCUCUGGAGCCUGGAGAGUGAUGAGCCAGUGGCUGACAUUGAAGGGCACACAAUGAGAGUGGCACGGGUGGCAUGGCACCCCUCUGGUCGGUUCCUGGGCACCACUUGCUAUGACCACUCAUGGCGUUUGUGGGACCUGGAGGCCCAGGAAGAAAUUCUGCACCAAGAGGGACACAGCAAAGGGGUCUACGAUAUUGCGUUCCAUGUUGAUGGCUCCCUCUCUGGCACUGGUGGCCUGGAUGCCUUCGGCCGGGUGUGGGACCUUCGUACAGGGCGCUGCAUCAUGUUCUUGGAGGGUCAUCUCAAAGAGAUUUAUGGGAUCAACUUUUCACCAAAUGGGUAUCACAUUGCCACUGGCAGCGGUGACAACACCUGUAAAGUGUGGGAUCUGCGCCAGAGGAGAUGCAUCUACACUAUCCCUGCUCAUGAGAACCUAGUGACUGGAGUGAAGUUUGAACCUAAUCAUGGCAACUUUCUACUCACCGGUGCCUACGACAACACAGUGAAGGUCUGGACUCACCCAGGCUGGUCCCCUCUGAAAACUCUGGCAGGGCACGAGGGCAAAGUGAUGGGCUUGGAUAUCUCCCUAGAUGGACAAUUGAUUGCAACGUGCUCUUACGACAGGACCUUUAAGCUAUGGAUGGCGGAAUAGGCAGUUCCCUUGAUCAGAACUGGCCCUUCCCAGCUUCUGCACCAAAGGAAUACACCUGAUGUGACAACUUGAGCUCUACUGGUGGAAGUACCUGGCUUGCAGCAGGAUCAGGGGCCACAGGUGAUCCUCCACAUACCCUGAUCACCCUAGACUGAGUUUAUUUUUGUACUGUCCCUUUCCUCCUUCCCUUGCCAACAGAUGUGGGGUGUGCACAUGACUUUGACCAACUGCAGCGAGAAUACCCUUCUUGCUAGUCUGGCAUUUGGAUGGCCAGACUGCUCCUUGCCACCUUUGGAAAAACACCCUGUGCCAGCAGAGGUUUGCCUCCUGGGUGGUUGUAGUAGGACCCCAUGCCACGUUAAAUAGAGGCUUUUUGAGAUAUUAAAGCAACAUCAUUGCUGAAAUUGCAAA